CACCGAGAGCUGGAUUCAAACCAAUACAGCAAUGAGUAGAAUACCGAGCGUACGAAUGAAAUUCUUGGAAAAAAGUACGCUAUUACCUGUAACUGGAACUUGUGCUACGAACGAUCCAAGUGGACAAAGAGACACAGAAUGAACAGAAAAUUGUGUAAAGAUGAUUUGUUACUGUGAUCAGACUAACCAAUAAACUACAGAAGGAGGAGAAAAAUGUAGAAAGGACAAGUUCACAAACUCACAAAGCAGUAGAGGGUAACUGCGUGAAAAAGAAACUUAUAAUCUUGUCUUUAUUUUCGUACUGUUCUUUCAAUUUUAGACUGAAUUUCAUAAUGUCGAUGAUUUGGAAAAGCAGGGACAAAAUCAAUACGCACAAUAGAAAAAAAUGAAGUGAUAGAAGACUCACAGGCUAGCGACAAAGAAAAAAAAAUAAUAAACUGAUCUACGUUCGCAGCUCUGGUAGUGUUUUAACUGAAAAGUAUUUGGUAACUUUAACGGAUCAAUUUGGAAACGAAAAAAUCUCGAUGUGAAAUAUACAAUUAGAAAUAAAUACGUACAGGACAUGAUAGUGAGUGAACGGAUAAGAAAAAAAAUGAUCUACUUUCGCAGCCCUGAUAGUGUUUUGAGCGAAAAGAAUUGGGAACUUUGACGUAUCAAUUUGGAAACGAAAAAAUCUUGAUGUCAGAUAUACAAUUAGAAAUAAAUACGUGCAGAACAUGACUGUGGGUGGACGGAUAAGUUAUAUGCUCGGCCGACUUCAUAUACUCGUAGACUAUAUAAUUUCGAGUGAAUAAGAAGUUGCAACGUAAGUUUAUCUAAUCCUUACAAUAUCUGGUAACUACGGGAGGAAACGAAGGCAGGACAAUAAGUACUCACAACUAACAACUCAACGAGGCUAGUAAUACACUAUAAAGGCAUCUAAACCAGGCCUGAAUUGUGGGUAGCAGUAUUCAGAGGAGUUACAGCGAAAUCAAUGAAGAUUGACAUGCAAGUGAGAUGAAAAAAUAGCCAGGGAAGUUCCCACCAGAGCAAAGAAAUUCGAUGCAAACAGAAGGGGAAAAAAACCUGCUGGGUGAGUGACGCAGUGGGCCUCCGCGGACGCGCAAGAUGUGCCUUGCGGAGUGGGGGGUCCACCUGCUGCAUGUAUAUAUACACGCGCAGAGUACCCGCUUCUGCAUCUGAAGUGACCCCACAGACUCACCUCCCAGCAGAUAUGAAGGCCGCCCUGGUACUCGUCGCGGCGUUAGCCGUCAUUGUGGUCGCCGCCGCGGAGGAGAAGUUCACCACCAAGUACGACAACGUCAACCUGGACGAGAUCCUCGCUAACGACCGUCUGCUCAACAACUACGUCAAGUGUCUGCUCGAGGAUGGGGAAGCCAACUGCACCGCUGAUGGCAAGGAACUCAAGAAAGCCGUCCCUGACGCGCUGAGCAACGAGUGCGCCAAGUGCAACGACAAGCAGAAGGAGGGCACCAAGAAGGUGCUGAAGCACCUCAUCAACCACAAGCCCGACAUCUGGGCACAACUCAAGGCCAAGUACGAUCCCGACGGCACCUACAGCAAGAAGUACGAAGACAAGGAGAAGGAGCUCCACGAAUAAACACUGUACUUUCAUGUCUAUCCUAUCUCAAAUAAACUAUAACUUGUAACUCAA